AAAAAAGAAAAAAAAACCCAACCAAAUGAUCUCCAAAUUAGGCAUAAGACCACACCGCGAUCGAAACUUUUUUCUAAAGCUAAUUUCCAAAGCCACAACCCACUCUCAAUUCCAACAAACCCACGCCCAAAUCAUCCAAAACUCUCUCCAUUCCGAUUUAGCCACCGUCACGAAACUCGUUCAAAAACUCUCCGAUUUCGGUUUCAUUUCCUACUCUUCUCAAAUUUGUUCCACUUUUCCAAACCCAGAUCUUUUUCUUUACAAUGUCAUCAUCAGAUCAUACUCUAUCAACAACCAGCAUUUUAAUUCCCUUUCUGUUUAUCGCAAAUUACGCGAAAAUCUUGACCUUAAACCGGAUAGUUUUACUUAUUCUUUCGUUAUUUCAGCCGCGUCGAAACUAAAGUUUAAAAAUUUGGGUUUAAUGCUUCAUGGGCAAGCUAUAGUUAGCGGGGUUGGGCUGGAAUUGUUUGUUGGGUCUUCUAUUGUUGAUAUGUAUUUAAAUUUUGGGGAUUUGGGUUAUGCAUAUAAGGUGUUUGAUAAAAUGUCUCAACGAGAUACGGUUUUGUGUAACACUUUGAUAUCUGGGUGUGUUAAAAACGGGUGUUUUGAUGAAGCGGUUUUGGUGUUUAAAGAUAUGGUUUUGAAUGGGGUUGGAUUUGAUUCGACUAGUUUUGCUGCUGUGAUUACUGCGGCUGUUGAUUUGAAUGAUUUGAAAUUGGGAAUGGCGAUUCAGGGUUUGUCGGUAAAGUUUGGGUUUUAUUCAGAUGUUCAUGUGGUUACCGGUUUUAUAUCGUUGUAUGCUAAAUGUGGGGACAUGUUGACCGCGAAGUGGUUGUUUCAGCAGAUUGAAAAAGCGGAUGUGAUUGCUUAUAAUGCUAUGAUUUCCGGAUUUAGCUGCAAUGGAGAGAUGGAAAAUGCUGUUGGUCUUUUUACUGAACUGCUUGUUUUGCAAAAGAGAGUUAGUUCGAGUACUAUAGUUGGUUUGAUUCCCGUGUUAUAUCCGUUUGAUUAUUCGAGUCUAAUGAGCACAAUCCAUAGUUUUUGUGUGAAAUCGAAUUUAGUUUCUAAAACUUCGGUAGCAACUGCAUUGAUAACAGUCUAUAGUAGACUCAAUGAGAUUGAUUCAGCAAGAAAUUUAUUUGAUGAAACAACAGAUAAAACCCUGGCUGCGUGGAAUGCUAUGAUUUCAGGUUAUGCUCAAAAUGGAGUGGUUUAUAAGGCUGUUGAACUUUUCCAAGAUAUGAAAAAACUUAACGUACUGCCAAAUCCUACGACGAUAACUAGUAUACUUUCAGCAUGUGCUCAACUUAGUUCUUAUAGUUUAGGAAAAUGGGUUCAUGAUAUAGCAACCAAGGAAAGUUUUGAGUCGAAUGUUUAUGUCUCAACGGCUUUGAUCGAUAUGUAUGCCAAGUGUGGUAGGAUAGAAGAGGCUCGGAAAGUGUUUGACACAAUGACAGAAAAGAAUCCCGUUACAUGGAAUGCUAUGAUAUCUGGCUAUGGUCUCCACGGGCAAGCACAUGAAGCACUCAAGAUUUUUAACGAAAUGGUGGAUUCUAAAGUACCAUUAAGCGGGGUUAGCUUUGUUUCUAUUUUAUAUGCUUGUAGCCAUGCCGGAUUCGUAAAAGAAGGAGAAAAUAUUUUCAACUCAAUGGUUGAAGAUCACGGGUUUGAACCGUUACCAGAGCAUUACGCGUGCAUGGUUGACCUAUAUGGUCGGGCUGGAGAACUACAAAAGGCUUUGACUUUUAUUAACACAAUGCCCGUUGAGCCAGGUCUCCCUAUCUGGGGUGCACUUCUUAGUGCUUGUAAGACUCACAAGAACACUAACACCGAUAUAACAAAGUUCGUAUCAGCAAAAAUAUUUGAAUUGGAUCCUGAAAAUGUAGGGUAUCGGGUCUUACUUUCCAAUAUAUACACUGCUGACAAGAAUUAUCACGAAGCUGCUUCCGUAAGGCAGGCGAUCAAGAACCAAAAUCGCGUAAAGGAUCCUGCAGUCACUAAAAUAGAGAUCAAUAAAACUCUACAUGUAUUUACAUCUGGACAACAAUCUCAUGAACUAAAGGAAGCAAUUGAUGCAAUGUUGGAGAAAUUACUGGGAAAAAUGAGAGAAGCUGGAUUUCAGACAGAUACAGAGAUAGCAUUGCAUGAUGUCGAAGCAGAAGAGAAGGAAAUAAUGGCGAAGGUUCAUAGUGAGAAACUAGCGAUUGCUUUUGGACUUAUAAACACAGAAGAAGGUUCACAGAUUACGAUUUUCAAAAACCUUCGAGUCUGUACAGAUUGCCAUAACUUCACUAAGUUUGUAUCCAAGAUUACUGGAAGAGUUAUUGUUGUGGGGGAUGCUAAUAGGUUUCAUCAUUUUAAAGAUGGAGAAUGCUCUUGUGGAGACUAUUGGUGAAAGUACUAUCUUCUUCAAAACAAGGGUAUACUGAAACAUUAUUCAUUUUCGCAGACUAGGAAGUUUCAUCUAAUUGUUUAAAAAAGGUACGUUUUCAAAAGUUUUUUUGAGCUAUUUACCUCAUUAAUCUUGCGGUUUCUAUAUAGUGAAAGGAGUAGUACCAUUUUG